AUGCAUUCCUCUGCACUACCCCUGCCAAACGUGCUAUCCCCACCUGCAAAUGCCAAGGCUGUCACUGGUCCCAUGGACACAGCUAACCCUCCACCCUGCAAUAAUGAUAUUCUGGAGUGUAUACAAGAAGACACAUCUGAAGUGCACCCAGCUGCAAUGGAGCUCGAACAUACUGAGGAACCAUCCAAACAAACAUCACAAUUGGGACUCACAGACACCAAACAGAUUCCAAAAGCAAAAACUUGGAAAAGGCUAAAAACUACUGACAAAUCAGAAAGCAAACCACAAAACGAAAUUCAAGCCGCGGGAUUCGAUUAUUUGACCUCAUCAUUCAAGCGCCAAAGUUCGUUCGCACGAGAACUUACAGAGAUGAUGAGCGCUACCGAUCAAACGCGAAAUCCUGGUAAAGUUUAUGCAAACCUUCUGAAUUUCUGUUUCUCAUUUGAAAUUGAAUGGCGUUAUCCUGGUUACGAAGAAGAAGGAAUUGGCGAAUUUCCAUUUGAAAAAAACAAAUUUGAAGUGAGAAAAUGGUGA